AUGCAACGGACAUUUUCUACGGUUCCAGAGCGAGCGGACGAUGGGGCCCAGGCCAGCCGCCGUCUCGUCUGGGAAAAGCUCAAUGUGAGAAAUGCAACGUCUCUCCUUCUCGGUGAGGCCUCUCCUUAUCCGCGUCUACUAGAAAGGAAGCUUGUCGCCGUUGGUGUAUCAUCCCUGAGCAACACCACCGAAACAGAAUCCUACCUCAUGCGGGAAGAAUUGGAAGAAGCCAGGUGCCGCGAUGGCUACUACCGGAACGGAUUCGCGAGACACCUCGGUUUCCGUGCCGCUGUGACUUUUCAGAAUCUUGGGGCUGACAGGGAUGGUGAUGCUGCCCAUCUUCCCUGGUCAGUGGUCCCAAGGCAACGUCAGGGAUCCUUCGGGAAUGACUGGACGGAAGCCACAGCGCCGCCAAAGGACUGGCCAGUUUCGACAGCCAUGUUCCUCAUUUUACAGGCACCUAGCGAACCACCAAAGGCUGCUCCGUAG